AUGGCCUGUCUGUUCCAUGUUCCACUACUCUUGCUGACAACUCUCAUGGUGGCUAUGAACCUGAGCCUGAACCCUGUGCUGGGUGACACACUACUAGGUGGCAUAGAGAAAUCCAGUAUGCAGGAGGAGCGGGCCCCAGAAGCACUGGAAUAUGCUGUCAGCAAAUACAAUGAAUACAAUAAUGACUUGCAUCUGAGCCGUGUUAUAGGAGUACAAAGAGUCCAAAACCAGGUUAUGUGUGGAACAAAAUUCUACUUUGAUGUGAUCCUAGGCAAAACCAUAUGUAAGAAGACCCAGGCUAACUUGACUAACUGUCCCUUAAAUGAUCAGUCUGAUCAGCAAGAGACAAAAUUCUGCUCUUUUGAUAUGUAUGUUGUGCCUUGGCAGAACCACAUGUUCCUGACAACUUUCAGCUGUCACAAAAUGUAA